ACUGGCACGAUGGCAUUUUGAGGUUACAGGGGUUACAGACAAACCGCAAAAGACGCCAGACCGGCCUUUUUAAUUCUAUUGUUUUCAUAACAAACUAAUCGGCUUUUUGGAGUAUUCAGUGAAAUUUAUCAACGAUUAACAUAAGACGAAGAUGAUUUAAUAAAUAAUAUCAUAGGUCCUAAUUUAUAACAGAUAUCUAACUAAAAAGAAGAAAGAGAAAACUGCAUUGUUUAUUUAUAUGUAUAGAAUCGAAUUUGAGAAUCAAGUAAGAGUUUAAGACAUUUGCCAAUAUUUUAUCAUUACACAUGAAAAUAUGGUAGAGGAGCAAAUGCAAGUCGAGCAAAUGCAAGAGGAGCAAGAUGCAGAAGAUCAUGAAAGUGAAAACGUUAUUCCCAACGAUGUGCAAAAUAAUGAAGAAAAUAAUAUUCCAGCUGAAAGCCCACAACAAACAAACACGCCGAGUACAAACUUGGAUGUCUCGGAAGUAGACUUUGAUCAGACAUGUCCAAUAUGUAUGGAAGCAUGGACCAGCUCAGGGGAACAUCGCUUGUGUUGUUUACGCUGUGGACACCUGUUUGGGCACAGUUGCAUCCUAAGGUGGUUACAAAAUUCUUGCAACAGUACGAAUCGCCGUUGUCCACAAUGCAAUUAUAAAGCCGCCGUGAAACAUAUUAGGACGUUAUAUGCGAAAAAACUGACAGCAAUUGACUCUACUGAAUAUGACAAUUUGAAGAAGAAUUUGAAUAAGGUUUCAACUGAAAAGAAUCGUUUGCAGAUGGACUUGACGCAAGCCAACAUUCGUCUAAAAAUAUACGAGAGCGAGAUGACUGGCAUGAGGAAACGUAUCACCGAAUUGGAAAAUCAAAAAUCAAGAAUCAACAUGGAUACUUGCCAAAAUGCUUCGAGUCUCUCUACUUCAAGGAAGUUUUAUUUAGAACAAUCUGUAGAAAUCUGCAAAGAUGGUGGCUGUCGUGUCUUAGAUUAUAAUCCAUGGUACAAAUUUCUUGUUAUUUCCCAAAAGUCAACAAACCCGCUAUUCAACGGGUAUGGCAUAAGGAAGAUAGAUUGCGAAAGCUUCAGUUUACGGCAAUUUAUUUUCUUACACACUCAGGCUAUAAGAGAUGUGACUUUUCAUUCCACGCAACAAACAAUUCUUCUUAGUGUUGGCUUCGAUAAAUGCGCAAAGCUAAUGGACAUCCAAAAUAAUGUGGUAGUACACACAUACCAAACGGAAUAUCCACUUUGGAGUUGUUGUUGGUCAGGUGACAAUCCAAACGUUUUUCUAACUGGUGCGCAAAAUGGGAUUAUCACUCAGUUUGAUAUUAGACAAACUUCCUCUGCUAUUGGCGUCUUGGAGGGUAAUGGUGAUAAGUCACCAGUUGUAUCAAUGGCAACAGUGCCGCCGAAUCCUGGCAGUGGUAUCGGUAGAGGUGGAUUUAUAGCAUGUCGUUUGAAUACGUGUUAUACAUAUGAAAUUAAGGACACUAUCUAUCUGUCUAAACAGAUGUUCAUAGAAGGUCCUUUUGUCUCAGUGCGCUAUGAUGAGAAAAAUCAUCACUGUCUUGUAUCAUCUCGUCCUAAUCCUAGGCAACCAUACGCAAGACACGUAGUGUGUACUAUUGAAAAGAAUAUGUCUAACGAAGAGAUAGUUACAUACAAUGCCGUGCAUACAUUCCAAGCCGGUAAUUCUCAACAACUUUUAUCUCGACCAUGUUAUUUAUCUACGGAGGAUGACACAUUAGUCGCAGCAUAUUUAGAAUCCAAAAAUAAUAUAUCAUUAUGGAGUGUAGCAAACGGUCAAAAGUUGUAUAAUCUUCCACUAUCGGAUCCUGUCAUGGAUCUGUGUUCAUUUAAUAUUGAAAAUAACUUAUUUUUAACAAGUCUUUCUGCAAAGACCCUUAGGUUAUAUAAUUAUGGACAAUUAACACAUUAAAUGUAAAGUACAAAUGUACAAAGUAAUACACAAUUUUCCUCGCCAUUUAUUGCGCAUGAUAUUUGAUGCAAAAUGCCACGAUAUCUUUUGAUACAAUGUUACUGUGACGGAUUGAGACUUGAAACAUACUUCUUUUCUUUGUAAUAUAAUGUCAUAUAUAUAUACAUACAUAAAUGUUGAUUAAUAUAAAAAGAAAUAUAUAUAUCUGAAAUUCAUUUACAAUAAUUUUUUCAUUCUUCUAUUUGUUUUUAUCUUUUGUACUUAUAAUCCUACAGAAUAAUUAUAGAUUGGAUGUAGUUAUGAAAUUACAUUUAGAAAAACAAUUUAGAUACAAUUAUUCAGAAUAAUCUCAAAAAAUUACUUAAGUUUGUCAUAAAUUCAUGUCAUCUUUAUCACACAUUAUUCCUUUGUUUAAAAUUUGAUGAAAUUUUUAUAAGUAUGGAUUUUUAUAUAUAUAGUAAAAUAUUUGUAUAUAUAUUAUGUGUAUGUGUUUAUAUUAAAGCUAUUUGUACAUAAAGAUUAAAUCUGUUGCAAAAAUUGUAAUAUAAAAAAUUUUCUCAAAAA